AUGGACGCCCGGCAAAAGAAGAUCUUUGAGAUACGCCUCAAGUUGAACCAGGCGCGGAAGGCGAAUCAGACGGCGGUGGUGGCGGAGAAGCGGCGCGAGGAGAAACCGGAGGAGGAGGAGUCGCGCGGAGUGAGCAAGGCGGCGUGGUUCGAGGAGAAGAAGCGCAAGAUGAGCAAGCAGCUCGACGCGGCCGGGCUGGAUAUCACCAAGGCGUACAUGCUGGAGACGCAGGAGGCGGCGGAGAGCAAGUAUAAGAAAUGGGAGAAGAAAGAGGCGCCCUUUGGCUGGGAUGCGUUCAAUCAGCAGGCACUGUACAACGCGUACAAGAAGCGCACAGGCAACAUCCCUUACACAGAAGAAGACUACCUUAAAGCCAAGGAAAAAGACCCCGACUUUUACCGCGACGAUGCGAGUCUCCAAAUAACCUGGAGCGGGGUACUGCGCUGCCUGAUUAACCUGGUUCAGUUCCAAUAUUCGCAACACCAGGAAAGGUCUGAUCUCGCUGAAGACUUGUUUCAGAAAGGAUACUUCACUGACUUCGGCCAAUGGGCUUGUCGGGUCUGA